AGUCUAUUGCAUGGUAAAGGAUACCAUUUCUACUUUUUUUUUUUAUCUGAGAGGAACCUUUUAUUUGACAAAGGAGGUGCAUUUUAGUAAAAGAAUCUGCAGCUACAUCAUCAGUUUUUAAUCAGCUCUUCUUUCUGAAUCACAGUGAGUAUCAGAAACUAUUUCUGCUAAAGCAUUUAGAUCAAGUGAACUCUCUGAGCUCAAAUGUUCAGUCUUGUUCUGCACCUACUUGUGGUUGUCAUUUAUGUUGAGUAUGAAUGUUUGAAUUGUUAGUGUUUGUUGUUUAUUUCUGCUUUUGAUGGUGCUGUUUUGUUUUGGAAUUUCCAGGAUCACCUUCUGGUGACUUAUUCACCACGUGGACUAUAGAAAUUCUUUGUUUUUUUAAAGAUUUAAAAAUGGAUUCGAAAGUGAAAGAGGACAGAUCAACGCCAAAACGAGGAUCCAAAUUGUUCAAACUAAGUUUUUUUUUCGUUUUGCUGAAUAUCAGCAGUAUUUUUGCUCCAGUCUCAGGAUUUUCAGUUAAGUCAUGCAAAAUCAGUUACAAUACUGCCAUAUGUUCUAAGAAUCACCUUCAAUCUGUUCCUGGAGAAAUUCCUGCAACCGUGGGAGGUUUGGACUUGUCUGUGAACAACAUUUCAAAAAUUCAAGUAUCAGAUUUCAAAAUUCUACCUAAUUUGACACAGUUAGACCUUAAAAGAAACAUUAUUUCUCAGAUUGAAGCAGGCGCUUUCAGAAAUCUGGCUUCCCUCCAAAAGUUGAAUCUUGAUAGUAAUAAACUUGUUCAACUUGGAGAUGAUCUUUUUGAAGGUUUGAGCAAUCUCACUGAGCUAAAUAUGAAUAAAAAUGACAUUAAAGCGAUUGCACCCACCUCGUUUAGGUCCUUAACAAGCUUGACGCUUUUGGGAGUCUCCAGCAACAAACUGCACAAGAUAACAACAUUUAAUUCCGUAAUACAGCAUCUGCCAAAUUUACAGAUUCUUUCAGUUGAAGACAACAAUUUACCCAAUUUCAAGUCAUGGGAAAUGACAAACCGCUCACUAAAACUUACGCAACUUCAUUUGUCUCAAAAUCCCUUUUCAGUCUUUAGUAUCACCGAAGAUGUUUUUCCAAAUCUCACCUUGCUGAACAUCGACUGUACUUAUAAAAAGCCACCGAUGAAAUGGGAAGUUGGUAAGACUUUUCUUAGUCAAGUGUCCACUCUUGAUAUAAGUGGGCUUCAAAUUACUCCUGAUGACAGGAAAACAAUAGAAGAGCUCUUCAACUUCUCACUUACCUUUCUGAAAAUGAAUGGCAUGAGACGCACAAGCCUUCCCAAACUAAUCAAUCUUACCUGCGCCAUCCCAACUGUGUCCAAACUCCAACUCCAAAGCAACAACCUCUUUUUUAUCAGGUCAGAUUUGUUCAAGGGGUGUAUUCAUGUAACAGAGUUAGAUUUAUCACAUAAUCAAAUACGAUCCAAUAAGAUUGAAGACAAGGCCUUCACAUAUGUUCAAGCUUUAAGGAUCUUAGAUAUGAGUCAAAACAAGCUUGUAUCUGUUCCAGUUGCCACUAGCAAUCUACCAAGACUUGUAAAGCUGAAUUUCAGAAGGAAUAACAUCAGCAGACUCGAGUGUCACGAUUUCACUAAUCUGACAAGGCUCAGAGUGCUUUACCUUCAUCAGAAUCAAAUUUCAGCUCUAAAAAAAUGUGUUUUCAAGGAUUUAAUAGGAUUGCAAGUCUUAAAGCUAGAGGACAACAACAUCUACAACUUAGGAGAUGCUUUCAAAAUGUACUUACCAAAUCUUCAACAACUGCAUUUGAAUAAAAAUAAACUCACCUCCAUUAAGCGGGGGGACUUUCAAGGCUUGCAUUCCCUCAAGAACUUGUCAUUAUUUGAAAAUCAAAUUCAUAUACUUGAAAAUGGUUCUUUUAUCGGGCUGACAAAUCUAACUAUUAUUCUACUGCAAAAAAACAGUUUAAAAGAACAUACAUUCAGAGGUGCUUUCAAUGAUCUAAUACAUUUGAAAAGAUUGGAUUUAAGGGAGAAUCACAUUCAAUACCGCAGCGAUAAAGCUAUUUCUGAUCCACCAUUUUCUCAGCUGUCCGAUCUUGAGAUACUGGCUAUUCCAGCGCAACACAGAAGGUUGAAGUCUCACCUGCCUCGCAACUAUCUGCAAGGUUUGACUAACCUUUUGUAUUUCGAUGCAAGGAACAUGCAACUUCUGUACUUCCACAAAGACAUGUUUAGUUACACGCCUAAACUGCAAGAACUUGACAUUAGCACAAAUGACCUAAAGGAUCUUUCUCCUGAUCUGUUUUUACCAAUUGUCAACCUUAAAAGCCUUUACAUAUCUAGAACAACUCUUGGGUCUCUAGAUUUCCUUAUUGAUGCCAAACUUAAAAACCUGGAGUUUCUACAGGCAAGAAAGAAUGCAUAUUCAAUCAUCAGUAAGGAAGUUAUAACGUCCCUACCGGCUCUCGUUUACAUAGAUCUUAUGGGCAAUAGUUUCACCUGUGACUGUGAUAAUGUCUGGUUUGGCCAAUGGGCAGUUAAUUACAAUUCAACACAAGUGUAUGAUGCCUCCAACUUUGAGUGCAACUAUCCUAAAGGCCUUAAAGGUACGAAACUGUUGGACCUGGACGCACAUUCCUGCACAGUGGACAUCGAAUUCAUCUGCUUUAUCACCACCACAUGUACAACACUCCUGUUUAUGGUGGUGACCUUCACCUACCAUUUCCUGAGGUGGAAACUGGCCUACGCAUACUACAUCUUCCUGGCUUGGCUCUUUGACACAAAGCUUAAAAACAAGCAAGCUCCUAAUCAGUAUGACGCCUUCAUCUCCUACAACACCCAUGAUGAGUCAUGGGUCAUCAAAGAGCUGGUGCCAAAACUGGAAGCAGAGAAGGGCUUCAGAUUGUGUCUGCAUCAUCGAGACUUCGAGCCAGGUAAACCCAUCAUUGAAAACAUAACAGAUGCCAUCUAUGGAAGCAGGAAGACAAUCUGUGUCAUCAGUCACAAAUAUCUUGAGAGUGAAUGGUGUUCCAGAGAGAUCCAGGUGGCCAGCUUCCGCCUGUUUGAUGAGCAGAAGGACGUGCUGAUCCUGGUGUUUCUGGAGGACAUUCCCAGCCCUCAGCUGUCUGAUUACCACCGCAUAAGGAAGCUGCUGAAGAAGAAGACCUACCUGAGCUGGCCUCAAGCUGGGGAGCACCCCGAGCUGUUCUGGGCAAAACUCUGCCAGGCUCUGAAGACCAGAGAAGAUCUCAGUGAGGAUAGAUUACUCCUCACUGUGGGGGACAGACCAUGAUGGAAAAGAAAUCCAAUCUUCUUUAUGUAUGUACAAAUUAACCGGAAGGAGGUCUCUGGGAUUUCAUUUGCAUACCAACUAGAUCAGCAGCUCUUACUGGUUUAACUGAAAUGGAACAUUUACUUCCACAGUUUCCAUACAAACAAACUGGAAGACCAAGUUAUGACUAAGUAUGAGUGAAAUAUGUUUUUUUCCAUAAGCCCUGCCUUUCACUUCUUUGGCAGUGAUCAGAUAAUCAUGAUGCAAUGAAGAAAUGAAGCAACUGGCUGGAAACAAGAAAUUAGCACGCUUGGAAAUCUUUCUCUUGUAAAAAAAAAAUAUAUAUAUUUAAACAUUUAUUUUAACUUCUUAGAUUCAAGGAAUACAAAAUGAGAUCUCUACUUCCCAUAAUGCUCCUUACAAAUUCAAGCUUUAUUCAAACCCACAGGACUUUAUCAAAAGAGAUACCAAAACUUAUCAAAUAUGAUACAAUCAAAUUGUGUGUAAUAAGAUGGCUUUACUAUAACCUUAAAGCUAUUCUAUUGAAAAAUAUGUAUUUUUCAAAUUAUAUUUCAAAUUAUUUAAUAUUGUGUAUGCCUAUUAAUACAAUAUUGUCUUUUGUUGGCCAAAAACACAUUUUCCCACUCUAUUCUCUUGUCCUCGUUAAUCUACUGUUACAUUGAGUCUACUGUAUUGUGAAAUCAUGACCUUUUGUUGACUCAUUAAAAACAUUCCUGUCUACUGCCAUAAUCCUGUGCAACAAAUCACCUCACCACCUUUGGUUAACUGGACAUUUAACAUCCACACAGUACAUUUAUAUUCAAUUUAAAAUUCCACUCUUUGUACUCUUAAUGUAAAUAAUACCUUGCUGUAUAUUAACUGAAAAUUGUCCCUUCAAUAAAGUUUUAUUUGUCAGAUUUGUUUAUAGAUUGUUUUAUCUUCACAGUCAACUGUAUAUAGUAUAUAUAUAUUGUUUUACUUUCUAAUGAUGGUUUAUUUCUACUCUUCAAUUUCUCAUUAUUUGCAAUUAUUAUACUGCUGCAACGUAAACAUUUCCCAGUCUGGGAUCAAUAAAGUACAUCUUGUCUUAUGUUAUCGUAACACUGUAAAUUAGGGUGACAUUUAGAAUGUAAUUUUUUGUCAAUUCUUUUAGAUUAAAAAGUGGUAUGUACAUGUGGAUAUGCUGAAUGUAAUGAAACUCAGACAAAUGCAUUAUCAAUCAUCUCUGUUUUUAUAAAUUCUUUGACAAAAUAAAUUACAAUGCACAUUUUAAAACCCCA